AUGAUGAAGACCGAGCCCCAUUCCAGUCCCAGUGGUGGCAGCAGCGGAGGUGGUGGCAGCAACGGCGGCGGAGGUGGUGGCAGCAACGGCAGCGGUGGCUUGAGGAGUGCCUCUCCUCACCGGAACGCCUAUGAAGCCGGCAUCCAAGCCUUGAAAGCCACAAAGGAUGCCCUCGGCGACCCCGAGAGCGAGGAGGCCAAGAAAGCCGCCCGCCACAAGAAGUAUGGCUCCAACGUCCACCGGAUCAAGAACAUGUUCCUGCAGAUGGGGACGGCGGCCCCGCCGGCCGAGGUUGGGGCGGUGGAGCUGGCCAAGAUGAAGGAGAAGCCCGUCCGCCUCUCCUUGCCCCGGGCCAGCAGCCUCAACGAGAACGUGGACCACAGCGCCCUGCUGAAGCUGGGCACCAGCGUCUCCGAGCGGGUCAGCCGCUUCGACUCCAAGCCGGACAAGCCCCUGUCCAAGCUCCAGGAGACCCGCAAGAUCUUCGAGAGGAGCCUCCAGGAGAAGGAGACGACCAACAAGCUGCUGCUGAGGAAGGAGCGGGCCGGCUUCCAGGACAGGAAGCUGGACGUGGUGGUCCGCUUCAACGGCAGCACCGAGUCACUGGACAAGCUGGACGCCGAGGCCGUCUCACCCACUGUCAGCCAGCUCAGCGCCGUCUUCGAGAAGGCCGAUCUGAGGAACAACCUCCACAAGGCCCCCAGCAAAGUUGGGCCCCUCAACUCCAAGAUAGUCACCAAGAGGUCCAGGGUUUUCCUUCCGGCUCCGGAAGGGGCCAAGGUGGAAGGACGGGGUGGCGACGGGCCUACCCUUCAGGGAAGGGGCAGGUUGCCUGAGGGUGACAAAACACAGGCCAAACUUCCUGCCGGCGGAUCAGCAGCUGUCAAGCCGGGUGACAAGGACGGUAACGCGGGCCUGCGUCCCCAGAAGGUCCAAGAGGUGCGGAAGAUCAAGCCCGUGGAAGUGGAGGAGAGUGGGGAUUCGGAGCAGGAGUUUGAGGCGGCAGAGGUGGCGGUUGCGGCGGCCGAGGAACGCGGCAAGGCCUCCAAAGGGUCUGAUACCAACAGGGCCGAAGUGAUCCAGGCCGAGGUCACGGUGCAUGCGGCCUUGGAAAAUGGCGGACAGGCUGGCGAGAGGCACCUAGAGACUCCGGACCUCUUGGCGGACACUUACGGUGAGGUCAAGGCUGAGGGACCAGAGGAAAACGACCUGGGUGAAGAGUCGAAAAAGGAGGACUUCUCUGAGGCUGACCUGGUGGACAUUAGUGCCUACAGCGGGCUGGGGGAGGACUCGGGAGGGAGCGGGCUGGAUGAAGACGAGGAUGCCGAUGGACUGUAUGCGCCGGAAUCCAGCUGCGUGGAGAUCCCAGGGCUGUCGGAGGAGGAGGAAUCGGCCCCCAAUCGCAAGAUCCAUUUCAGCACGGCACCCAUCCAGGUUUUCAGCACUUAUUCCAAUGAGGAAUAUGACCGGCGGAAUGAAGAUGUCGAUCCGAUGGCGGCCUCGGCAGAGUAUGAACUUGAAAAGCGAGUGGAGAGGCUAGAUCUCUUUCCUGUGGAGCUUGAGAAAGAUUCUGAAGGACUCGGGAUCAGCAUCAUCGGGAUGGGGGCUGGGGCUGACAUGGGCCUCGAAAAACUUGGCAUCUUUGUCAAGACGGUGACGGAAGGAGGAGCAGCUCACCGAGACGGCAGGAUCCAAGUGAAUGACCUUAUCGUCGAGGUGGAUGGCACCAGUUUGGUGGGCGUGACCCAAAGCUUUGCGGCCUCGGUGCUGAGGAACACCAAGGGUAGAGUCCGAUUCCUGAUCGGCAGGGAGAAGCCAGGAGAACAGAGUGAGGUGGCACAGCUGAUCCAGCAGACCCUGGAACAAGAACGGUGGCAGCGGGAAAUGAUGGAACAGAGAUACACUCAAUACACCGAGGAGGACGAAGAAACGGGUGAAUACGCGACGGACGAAGACGAGGAGAUGAGCCCCAUGUUCCCCAGCAGCGAGAUGGCCAUCGAGGUCUUUGAGCUGGCCGAAAACGAAGACAUGCUGUCUCCCGUUGAGAUGGACCCAGAAAAACUUGUGCAUAAAUUUAAGGAGCUCCAGAUCAAGCAUGCUGUGACCGAAGCAGAAAUACAGCAGCUGAAAAGAAAGCUGCAGUCCAUCGAACAAGAGAAAGCCCGCUGGCGCCUCGAGAAAGCCCAGCUAGAGCAAAGUGUGGAGGAAAACAAGGAACGGAUGGAGAAGCUGGAGGGCUACUGGAUGGAGGCCCAGAACCUGUGCCAGGCUGUGGACGAGCACUUGAAAGAGACCCAGGCUCAAUACCAGACCCUGGAGCGGAAGUACAGCAAAGCCAAGCGGCUCAUCAAGGAGUACCAGCAGAAGGAGAUCGAAUUCCUCAAGAAAGAGACGGCUCAGCGGCGCGUCCAAGAGGAGUCAGAGCUGGCCCACAAGGAGGAAGUUGACAAGCUGCAAGAGAAGAUCUCUGAACUGGAGGCGAAGCUGCAGACUUUGAAAAAUUCCAACCCGACUUAAAAACAAAACAAAAA